UGACUGACAAAACAACACAGAGAAAGACAAAUAGCCUCCAAUUUUAAAGUUUGGUCAAAGUCCAAGUUCAGAGUUCACAGAAUUUAAAAAUUAUUGCAAAAAAUAGAAGUUCCGAGUGGAGUAUAUCGUAUUGAAUUUGAAUAUUUCAUUGAAAGGUAAAAUGUUCCUUUUACGGCGAACAGUCGACAAUGCAAGGCAGUUGGCUCCGAGUUUGAGAGCUAUGUCAAGUAAAGGUCCCUUAGUAGACUUGACUGUGGAUAACGAUGGAGUGGCCAUCAUGACGCUGCAGAGACCUCCAGUCAACAGCCUGAACCUUGAUCUGUUGAAGGAGAUUAGUAAUUCCCUUGAUGAAGUCGCCAAGAAUAAGAGUAAAGGGAUGAUAUUGACUUCGUCCUCACCAACAGUAUUUUCAGCAGGCCUAGACAUAAUGGAAAUGUACAAGCCUGAUAUGAAGAGAGCGGAAGAAUUCUGGACUACACUGCAGGAUGUAUGGUUUAAAUUGUUCGGAUCCAACUUUGCCACCGCUGCUGCUAUAAACGGGCAUGCACCAGCCGGUGGUUGUCUCUUAUCAAUGUCAUGCGAGUACCGCGCUAUGGUGGGAGGCAAAUUCACCAUCGGGCUAAACGAGACAGCCCUGGGCAUAGUUGCGCCCAAGUGGUUCAUGGACACUAUGUGCCAAACUAUUCCCGUUCGGGAGGCUGAGUUUGCGCUAACCACAGCACGAAUGUUCACAGUGGACGAAGCGUUAAAGGUUGGACUUAUCGACGAAAUCGCCAGCGACAAAUCGGACGCGAUCAACAAAUGUAAGGGUUUUUUGAAGAAAUUCGAUAGAAUCCCACCCUUGGCCCGUUCUCUCACCAAGCAGAAAAUAAGAGACGCGCCCAUCAAAAACUUACAAAAAAACAGACAAGCUGACGUACAAGAGUUCCUAGGCUUCCUCAAAAAUCCUAAAGUACAACAAAGUCUUGAAAUGUACAUACAGGCUCUGAAACAGAAGGCAGCCAAAUGAGUUAGACAAACAGAAUUAAAAUUAAAUUAAAAGUUCGUUUGACCCAAAAAUAUUUUAAAUACCAAGAAGCGUAAAAAAAUUAAUAUAAAGGCUAAUUUACGCCAGACUUCUUAUUACCAUCUGUAUUAUGUUUUGUAUUAUUUUUUAAACUAUUGAUAAGGAUACUUAUCAACGUUGAAUAAUAAUAUGCCGUGAGUGUGUGUACGUCUUGACGUAAAAAAGUGACACCAAUUUUAGGAAAAGAAAUGUAUAAGUCCAUAUAAUACCACCAUAUGUAUAAGACCAUAUAUAAUAUUUUGGGUUUUGCGGUGAAUACGAUAGAUAAUAUAAAAUUUGUAUUCUAUUUGUAAAUAAUGAAAUCUAUGCGCUUUUUGUUAUGUGAAAACUAAGAUUGUAAGUAUCAAAGUUACGAGAUGCAAAAGAUAUAAAGUUAUAAAUAAAAAACCUGCCUAACUGAUGAUGAUUAUUAUCAUUAAGUAAAUGACGAUCAAUAAAAAAAUUAUCAAACUAACAUUCAUAACGUUUUCCAUUCAAUUAUU